CACGAGGAGAGAAGAGCAAAGCAUAAAUCUUGUUAUGAUACCUUUUUGUAUUUUGGCUGGUUGUGAGUUGUGAAUAUGUGAUGCAUGAGAGAGAAGAACAAAUCAUAAAUCCUAUUCUGAUCCCUCACUAGGAAUAGGCUAAGCGAAGAUGGUGGCGCUGCCGAUGACAUGGUCUUUCUCCGCCGCCACACCUCGCCGAGUCAGCCGAUUUUCUGGUGUAGCAAUGGCUUCUGCAGGCGCGAAGGUCGAAAAUGUGAAAGUUGAUAAGGGAUUAGGUGAUUUGCCCAAAGUUAUUUUGACUUCUGCCCACGGAAGUGAGGCGGAGCUGUACCUCUAUGGAGGUUGUGUGACAUCAUGGAAAGUAGCAAGUAAGGACCUCCUCUUCGUUCGGCCAGAUGCCGUGUUUACCGGGCAGAAGCCCAUCAGUGGAGGAAUACCACACUGUUUUCCGCAGUUUGGACCUGGCGCAAUUCAGCAGCAUGGAUUUGCAAGAAAUAUGAAUUGGUCCAUUGUUAGUUCUGAAACUGUGGAGGGGAAUCCUUCUAUUACCCUGGAGCUGAAAGAUGGUCCAUACAGCCGUUCUAUGUGGGAUUACAGUUUCCAAGCUCUAUAUAAGGUUACUCUUGACAGUAAUGCUCUCUCAACGGAGUUAAAAGUAAUAAACACUGAUGAAAAGCCCUUUUCAUUUACUACUGCCCUGCAUACAUACUUCAGGGCUUCGGUAACAGGGGCAUCUGUAAAGGGUUUGAAAGGCUGCAAAACAUUGAACAAAGAUCCCGAUCCAAAAAAUCCAGUGGAGGGCAAGGAGGGAAGGGAGCUUGUCACGUUUCCUGGAUUUGUGGAUUGUGUUUAUCUUGAAGCACCUACGGAGCUGCAGCUGGAAAAUGGUUUGGGUGGUGUUAUUACCAUUAAGAAUACGAAUUGGUCGGAUGCUGUUUUGUGGAACCCGCACCUAACUAUGGAGUCGUGUUACAAAGAUUUUGUAUGCGUUGAAAAUGCCAAGGUACGGCAGAACCUCAACUUUUAUCUUCAUCAGUCACUACCGACUUCCCUCAGUCUAUUGUUGACAACACAUUGUCUCUCUAAAUCUUUAUGCAUCUUUGAAGUUUUGAAGCAGAAAAUCCUCUUAUGCAUUCUCAUUGUUGCUUAAUAAUCAGAAUUAGAUUUUCAUACAGAAGAACAAUUAUGUGAUUUUUUGUUCUUCUUCUCUUCAAGUAAAAAAUACAGAUUUCUGAUCACUGCACAUUUGUUUUCUACUUUUCAUGCCUAAGAUUGGAGAGGUUCAGCUAAAGCCUAAUGAAUCUUGGACUGCGUUGCAACAUUUAAGCAUCGUUUGAACUGCUGAUAAAGCAUCCACUAAAGAAGAUGUUUCUCUGUGUUUAAUUUGUAUCAUUUUCAUCAUCAUAAUUUAUCUUCUUUAUACAUUCACAUGUCUCUCCGGGUGUUGAAUCAAACAUUUUUUGGAGCAUCACACCAAAUUAAUAAAUAAAAUGUAUACGUAAGUGAGAGCAUAUGUUGACAAAUUAAUUUUCAUGUUUUGCAAUCUUUUUUCA